AUGUGGAACUCGCCCAAGGUCGGAAUCCUCGGUGGAGGCCAAUUGGGCCGCAUGCUAGUGGAAUCUGCCAACCGAUUGAACAUCCAGGCCAACGUCUUGGAUGCGGAGAACGCCCCCGCCAAACAGAUUAGCAACCACGCCGGUCAUGUUACGGGCUCCUUCAAGGAGCGCGAGGCCGUCCGGAAGCUGGCGCAGUCGUGCGACGUCAUCACCGCCGAAAUUGAGCAUGUCGAUACCUAUGCGCUCGAGGAGGUUGCCUCCGAAGUCAAGGUCGAACCUAGCUGGCAAGCGAUCCGGACGAUUCAGAACAAGUUCAACCAGAAGGAGCACCUGAGGAAGUAUGGCAUUCCGAUGGCAGAGCAUCGCGAGCUGGCAGAGAACACGCCGGAGGAGCUGGCCAAGGUUGGAGAACAGCUUGGAUACCCUAUGAUGCUGAAGUCCAAGACCAUGGCAUACGAUGGACGCGGAAACUUCCGCGUCAACUCCAAAGACGACAUCCCCGAAGCCCUGGAGGCUCUGAAGGAGCGGCCCUUGUACGCUGAGAAAUGGGCUUAUUUUAAGAUGGAAUUGGCCGUCAUGGUCGUGAAGACCAAGGACGAUGUCCUGUCGUACCCCACAGUCGAGACUGUGCAGGAAGACUCGAUAUGCAAGCUCGUCUACGCCCCCGCGCGCAACGUUUCCGACGCCAUUAACCAGAAGGCGCAGGAGAUGGCCCGCAAGGCUGUCUCUGCCUUCGAGGGUAAGGGUGUCUUUGGUGUAGAGAUGUUCCUCCUUGAAGACGACAGCCUUCUUCUGUGCGAGAUUGCCAGUCGCAUCCACAACUCCGGCCACUACACCAUAGAAGGCUGCCCUCUCUCUCAGUUCGAUGCUCACAUCCGCGCCAUUCUCGACCUCCCCAUCCCAGCCAAGAGCCUCGAGCUCCGCCAGCCCUCCAUCAUGCUCAACAUCAUCGGUGGCGCCGCCCCCGACACCCACCUGAAGGCUGCCGAGCACGCGCUGUCCAUCCCCAACGCCAGCAUCCACCUCUACAGCAAGGGCGCCGCCAAGCCCGGCCGCAAGAUGGGCCACAUCACCGUCACCGCCGCAACGAUGCACGAAGCCGAGACCCAUAUCCAGCCUCUGAUCGACGUCGUCGACGAGAUCCGCGCCCAGCGCUCUGAUGUCAAGACGAAGCCCCAGACGUCCGGUGUUUCCAAGCCCGCGCCCACCGUCGCCGUCAUGAUGGGCUCCGACAGUGACCUCAAGACCCUCAUCCCGGGUCUCAAGCUCCUCCGGGACUACUUCGGCAUUGAGCCCGCCGUGGACAUCACCUCUGCUCACCGUACGCCUACCUUCAUGGCCGAGUACUCGGCCAGCGCCGCCGCUCGCGGUAUCAAGGUCAUUAUUGCCGCGGCUGGUGGAGCGGCUCAUCUGCCUGGUAUGGCCGCGGCCCACACCGCUCUGCCCGUCAUCGGCGUGCCGGUCAAGGGCAGCUCCUUGGACGGUGUCGAUAGCUUGUACAGUAUUGUGCAGAUGCCGAGAGGCGUCCCCGUUGCCACCGUCGGCAUCAACAACAGUGUGAACGCUGCCCUUUUGGCCGCCCGCAUCCUGGGUGCCUUCGAUCCUGCCAUCCAACGCAAGGUGGAGGCUUAUGCCGAGAACGCCCGAACGGAAAACAUGGACCUGAAGGGAACCAAGAUGCGCGAGCUCGGGUGGGAAAAGUACUUCAACCAGAUGUAG